GCAAGCGGAUAGGUUUCAUCGUGAACCCUGCAAGGUCGAAGGUCAGAGUGCAAUAUUAUGUAGAAAAUUAAAUAUGGAGUCCAUCUUUCAUGAAAAACAAGAGGGCUCUCUGUGCGCUCAGCAUUGCUUAAAUAACCUUUUGCAAGGCGAAUAUUUCACCCCUGUGGACCUAUCGUCCAUCGCUCAUCAACUGGAUGAAGAGGAACGGAUGAGAAUGGCCGAGGGGGGUAUGGCCAGUGAGGAGUACAGAACGUUCUUACAGCAACCAUCUGGUAACAUGGAUGAUAGCGGUUUCUUUUCAAUACAAGUCAUCAGUAAUGCUCUAGGGGUGUGGGGUUUGGAACUCCUCCUCUUCAACAGCAGAGAGUACCAAAGACUAAUGAUAAACCCCAUAAACGAAAAGGCUUUUAUCUGCAACUACAAGGAGCACUGGUUCACUGUAAGGAAACUUGGACAACAGUGGUUUAAUUUAAACUCUUUGCUGACUGGACCUGAGCUGAUUUCAGACACAUAUCUAGCCCUCUUUCUAGCACAGUUACAACAGGAAGGUUAUUCCAUAUUCGUGAUCCGAGGUAACCUCCCGGACUGCGAAGCAGAGCAGAUCCUAAAGAUCAUGAGAGUGCAGCAACAGCAGCGCCCCAAGCUGAUCGGAGAAGAGGAAGGACAGUCAACAAGUGGCCAAGGCCGGAUGUUAGGGCAGAGUCAGAUGGAGGUGGGCCCUGGCGUGGAGGAGGGGGUGGUAGAGGAGGACGAAGCGGAGCUGAGGAAAGCUCUUGCCAUGAGUCGGCAGGACAUGGAGGUGGAGGACGAGGAGGCUGACCUUCGCAGGGCCAUACAGCUCAGCAUGCAGGGGGCAGUGAUGAGCAACAAGACCUCCGCAGAGUCCAAAGCGGGGCAUGUUGCCAAGAUGCCCGGCCAGGCCCCGGGAAGUGCGGUGAGGGUGGUACCAGGGGGUGCUCAGAGCGAAACGCUCUCAGCAGAGGAGCUACGCAGGAGGAGACAAGCCUACUUUGAUAGGCAAUCCCAACAGCAACAAGUUCAACCAGCGUCUCCUGCCCAGCAGGAGGGUACACAGGAAGAGGAACCACUAUCCAAGCCCGGCCAGUGAUGCAGAGGAAGGUCUAUCUGAAGCCUAUGUUGACUACCACCUGCCUGGAUUGGCGACCCCACCUCUGACUCUAUCCACAUGCAAACAGACGGCUGGCCAGAAGGCUGACACGCCUCCUCUGGCUAGUUUUGCAGACAGAAUAGAGUAGAAAAUAACAACCAAGAGAAGGCCAAAAAAAAGCACAUGUCUAAUCUAACUCUGUGACACUUAAAUGGGAAUAGGGAGGAUGUGGUAUUGCCAUGCGGUUAGUUCAAGUCUGUGUUGGCCUUUGUACCACAGCGCCUUCAAUUUCUGAUUUAUGGUUUGUUUGUUUGUUAUCUCACUAUUUGCUUUUUUUCCCCCCUGAAAGGGGUGAUGAAGUGUCUUCAUGGAGCACAUGUGCUCGGGUGAGGGGGGUGGAGGCGACACAUCAGUCAGUCGGAGGACCAGAUAGUGGGGUAGAAUCCAGAACCCAGAGUCGCCCACCAGCCUUGAAGGUGGAGGAGGUACAUGGGACCAUUGGUUGAUACGAUUAGAGGUGUGGGAGGGUGUAGGACCAUGAUGUCUCGUCUUCAACUUGUGUUUGAAGAAAGCACCAUGCCCUGAGAAAAGUCUCCAUUAAAGUGAAUUGAUUUUUACUUGUCAAGUAAAAUCUUGCAACCAGUGUUGAGAAUCGUAGGUUCGAGGUUGAG